UUGGACCAUACCAUUAUGGGCUCACAAAAUGGCUGACUGCAGUACGGAAAAGGAGUGAACUCUGAUCGAUGGCAACAGGAAGUCGGAAAUUUCGUUAUUCCCGAUCGCCAACAUGGACUGCAGACUCAAGGAAAAUCCGGAGACCAUUUUUGUGGCGUUCUUUGAAGUAGCCGCUCCAGCAGAUAAAGGAUCAGCGCCACAGAUCGUGUCCCAGUUCCCGGCCGAUUUUAACGAUGUCGCUGUCACCAAAGAGUUGCCCAAGUUCUGCUUCCCGUGUGACCUGAGCACUUAUAACAUAGCGGGCCAGUUCUUCACGUUUGUCCUGACGGGCUUAGACAACAAACAGAGGUUCGGCUUUUGUCGGCACCCUCCGGGGGCCGCAAAAUGCCUCUGCAUACUAAGUUACUUGCCAUGGUUUGAUAUAUUCUACAAGAUACUCAACCAGUUAGCUGAACUGAAACUGCACAAACAGAAGGAUAUAUGCCAGCAGUUGAUAGUCAAUUUGUACGAAUCGGAAGUGCCCGAUGCCUACAAACAGUUCAGCAUAUCCAUACCGGUGGAGGGGGACACGCCUGUGGAGAUUAAAUUCACUGGUCCCGACAGCAAGUCCCUGCCAAGGAUACCAACCAACAGGAACAUCAUGGAAUACUUCAACGCGAUCAAUCCUACCAAUAUGAUGAUAUUAUUUGUCAGCCUCCUGUACGAGAGAAGAGUUUUAAUCGUGUCAGAUAAGCUCAGUAGGUUAACAGCCUGCGUGCACAGCGCGGCCUCCCUGUUGUACCCCCUCUAUUGGCAGCAUAUCUACAUUCCCGUCAUGCCGGCCCAUCUCAUAGACUACUGCUGCGCUCCCAUGCCAUUCCUAGUUGGAGUCCAUUCCUCAUUUAUGCCGCAAGUCAAGAAGAUGGCGUUGGAUGAAGUGGUCAUACUCAAUGCCGACAACAACAUUAUAGAGACGCCGUUUGAGGAUCUGCAAACUCUGCCCCCGGAGGCUGUCAGCCAACUGAAGAAGAAUCUGAAAAACACUGAAUUAUGCAACGGAGACGGAGUAGCCAGGUCCUUCCUGAAGGUUCUGGUUUAUCUAUUGGGAGGCUACAGGGAGGCCAUCAGGAGCAAGACCGUGACGGGCAACGAGUAUGUGUUGGACCGAGACGUCUUUGUUCAAUGUCGAUCCACCCACAUGCAACCUUUCUUAGAGAAACUACUACAGCUGCAGCAUUUUACUCAGUUUAUCGAUUCCAGGCUUCAGUUGAUUAAAUCCGGCCAACCUAUCAACGACCUGUUUGAGGAGGAGCUGGAAAUUGCAAGGAUAGAUGGAAGUCUGUCCAGCAAAAACUUGAAGGAACAACUCAAGAUCCACUUGUCCACGGUCAAAACGGACGGCAGAAAAAUGCUGAAAGACGCACAGAAAAACAUCCAACAGAAGAUGAUUCAGGCGCAGGGGUCUAUACGGCCGAAGGCCAAUCCCGAAGCCAUGAAGCUGGUGUUAAAACAGGGUAGAGACUUUGCCAACAAGCAUUACAGCGGCCUGAAGACGAAGCUAAUUAAGGGGAAGGAAACGGAAGACUUGGACAUGUCUCGCAGGCACAACAAUCGCCAGCAUUCCUACCUGGACAUCUCUCUCCCCCUCCCGACGUCCAGCGCCCCCUCCUCCCCCUCAAAUAGCCCCCAGAACAGCCCCAUCCCCUCCAGAACCACCGUGGACGUCCGAAGGAAAACUACAUCUAAUGCUUCCCGCCGGAUCUCGGAGGAAAAUGCUCGGCCGAUGACCGUGGCGGGUUUACCCAACAGGAGGACUUCGAAUGAUAGCAAUCCACCAACCUUACCGCUGAAGAGUAAAACCUACCGUCACCCGAGCCAAGGCGACAGGGACUCCCGGGAGGAGGGGAGCCGUCGGGAGACUUCCUCUGACAUGAACCUCAUGGACGACAUGGAGCAGCUCUUACGGAAGAUCGGCUCCAAGGAAGAUCUGACCGAAUCGACCACGAAUGAAACGACGUCUGCGGCAGACGACGCGCCGAUUCCAAUGCCGCGCCGGCGGCGAGUCCAACGCGACAGCUCGGCGUCCAAAAUCGUCGGGCAGGCCAUCCAGCGUCCCCUCAUCCCUCCCCCGCCCAUCCCCCCGCGCCGAGAACGCCGUCACGGGUCCCAGGAAAGACUCGUCGAUAUAUCCAACGGGGAGGAAGCCGCGAGGGAAGUUGCUCUAUCCCAGGUGCAAGGGACGGCCGUUCAGAACGCUUUAGGCGUAGAUUGCGAGGAUCACACCCUGGUGUUCCAAUCGGUGCACCUGAACAACAACGCCCUCGCGGGUUACGUCCCGGAGGGCGUCCCGAGCAACAGUUCGGCUCAGACCCUACUGGCCGAUUACGGACUCAACUUCGGCGCGUCGGCUGCUGCGCCGACCGACGCCACAUCGUCGCCAACGCACCAUCUGAGCAUGCCCGGUCUGCGGGCCACCAACAGCAGUCCGAACUUGCAGAGUUUCAACCGGAGUACCAGCGGUCCGCCGCAGAUCCUGGUCCAGCAGGUCUUAGUCCAGCAGCCCCCGGCCAGCACGCUGCCGGAUCUGCUCAACCCGACAAACACUGUUACCCGGCAGAGCGGGAGCUCGGUUUCCACGGCAACCGCGUCGGCUGUGAAAAGCCCACCGGCACACCCCUUUCAACUUCAGCAAACUCCCUUGCAGCCCACGGCAGCCUCUCAAAACCCGUUCCAACAACCCAGCGCGACAGACCCUAAAGACCCGUUUGCUGAUCUAGUCUCUUUUCAGCGUGAGGGAGUUGCAAAUCCCUCGUGGAAGAAAUAGUUUUACCUGAAAUGGGACAACAUUUGAAGGGACACUACCAGGGCUGCAAGAUAACCCACAGGUAUUUUUUGGUAUUACUUGUGUUUUUACCCGCACCAUUUCAUUGUACAUGCAUUUUUAUCAAGGUGUAUUUUUUGUUAUGUACAGGGUGGUUCAAAAGGAAGUUUUCACUUUUUCAGACGCAUUUUUCUCAAAAUUUUGGGAGAAAUAUUGAAAUAGUUUUAAGAUAUUCCUUAACUAUGAGAUCUUGGUGGCAUAUGAUGAAAACGGCGUUGAAAAUAAAACUUUAAUUAUGAAAUGGCGGCCAUUUACAG